AACUUCUUUCCAACUUCUUUCACUGUAAAGAAAAAAAGAAUAUGAGAUUCAUGACUUGGUUCAAACAAGAGAAAGAAACAAACAUAAAAUUAUUCAUAGAUAUUCACGAUAUGUUCCCUAUGGUAACCGGGUUCAUGAAUUAUGGCCACCAAACAGUCCGAGCAGCAAGGUACAUUGGUCAAGGUUUCAUGAUUACCUUAUCCCACGCAAAUCGUUUACCCGUAACUAUUCAAUAUCCUUAUGAAAAAUUAAUCACAUCAGAGCGUUUCCGCGGACGAAUCCAUUUUGAAUUUGAUAAAUGCAUUGCUUGUGAAGUAUGUGUUCGUGUAUGCCCUAUAGAUCUACCCGUUGUUGAUUGGAAAUUUGAAACGGAUAUUCGAAAAAAACGAUUGCUUAAUUACAGUAUUGAUUUCGGAAUUUGUAUAUUUUGUGGUAACUGCGUUGAGUAUUGUCCAACAAAUUGCUUAUCAAUGACUGAAGAAUAUGAACUUUCUACUUACGACCGUCACGAAUUGAAUUAUAAUCAAAUUGCUUUGGGCCGUUUACCAAUGUCAGUAAUUGACGAUUAUACAAUUCGAACAAUUUUGAAUUCAAUUCAAAGAAAAACUCAGUAAGUAAACCUCCUGUUCUAUUAAAGUAAAGAGAAAUUUCCCAUUCAUUCUUUUAAGGUUCCGUUUUGGUUUAAGUUAAAAGACUGGUUGGUUUGAAUUAAAAAAAGAAUGAGGCCUUUGGUCAAUAAAUAAAAAUUCAAUUACAAAUUAACUGGUUGAUAAGAAUUUCGGAUUCCUUUUUAUUGAAAAUAAAACUAUAUUAAUAUAUUCGUAAUUAUUUCGAAAUAUAUAGUUUCAAAAAACAAAAUACCCUUUUCUUUUGAACAAACAAAAAAGAAUCAAAAACGAAACUGUCCAAUAAUUGUGCUUAGAGCAAUUCACGCCUAAUAGAUUAGGAUUUUAUUCAAUUAGGAACGUAUCAUAAAAAAAAAUUCCUGGUCGGGUCAAUAAGAUCAUGAAAAGCAUUUCGAUUUAUUUAUCUCUUAUUUUACACAGAAUGGAUUUGCCUGGACCAAUACACGAUUUUCUUUUAGUUUUCUGGGAUCGGGUCUUAUAUUAGGAGGCCUGGGAGUGGUAUUACUUACCAAUCCAAUUUAUUCUGCCUUUUCAUUGGGAUUGGUUCUUGUUUGUAUAUCCUUAUUUUAUAUUCUCUCAAAUUCUCAUUUUGUAGCUGCUGCCCAGCUCCUUAUUUAUGUGGGAGCCAUAAAUGUUUUAAUCCUAUUUGCUGUGAUGUUCAUGAAUGGUUCAGAAUAUUAUAAAGAUUUUAAUCUGUGGACCAUUGGGAAUGGCCUUACUUCGUUGGUUUGUACAAGUAUUCUUGUUUCGCUAAUUACUACUAUAUUAGAUACAUCAUGGUACGGGAUUAUUUGGACUACAAGAUCAAAUCAAAUUAUAGAACAAGAUUUGAUAAGUAAUAGUCAACAAAUUGGAAUUCAUUUAGCAACCGAUUUUUUUCUUCCAUUUGAAUUCAUUUCAAUAAUUCUUUUAGUUGCUUUGAUAGGUGCAAUUGCUGUGGCUCGUCAGUAAUAAAUCUUUCUAACUAGGAAUAGCAAGCAAUCAAAAUGAAACCUUUUUCUGUUUUUUCUGUCUUAUCGCAUCCAUUUUCUUUGAAUUCUAUUUGAAUAUUGCUCGUGUAUAAAAUAGAAAUUCGUUUAUUCGAUAUAUUUCCAAUAGAUUCUUUUUUUUUGUUAUACUCUAGUCAAUCAAAUCUGUUGAAUUAUUGUUCAUAUUAAUAAUGAAUCGAAAUUGAUAAGGAGUUGGUCAAUGAUGCUCGAACAUAUACUUGUUUUGAGUGCCUAUUUAUUUUCUAUCGGUAUUUAUGGAUUGAUCACGAGUCGAAAUAUGGUUAGGGCUCUUAUGUGUCUUGAACUUAUACUGAAUGCGGUUAAUAUAAAUUUUGUAACAUUUUCUGAUUUUUUUGAUAGUCGGCAAUUAAAAGGAAAUAUUUUCUCAAUUUUGUUAUAGCUAUUGCAGCCGCUGAAGCAGCUAUUGAUCAGCUAUUGUGUCCUCGAUUUAUCGUAACAGAAAAUCAACGCGUAUCAAUCAAUCAACUUUGUUGAAUAAGUAAUAUUAAUAAUAUUAAAUUAUAAGAUUCACCAAUUUGAAUUAGCAUGUACAAUAUGUUGGAAUCUACAUCAUGUUUUCGAAAACGUAAGAAAUCAAAGUAUCUUGGUCCUUUCUUAUGAGUUGAUCCCGAAGGAAAUUGAUUAGAAAAUUUCUGGUAAAUCGUUGAUUCAUCUGGUGUUUAACUAUAUUUAUUUACAAGUUUACUAGAUUGAAAUUUUAUGAUGUUCAAAAAUUUAUCGAU